GAUGAAAAUUGAAUGAACUAGAUAAAAUAGGAGGAACACUAAGACACUGCUUGUUCAAAGUAGAACAAUAUCAUUCAUCAGCUCCCAAAGCUGUCCCAGAAAACGUGACAAAGGUAAGUAUUUGUUCUGUUUCAAGUUGCAACCUACAAACCUUGUCCAAAUGACUAGAACUAGUUGUAGCAGUAAAUUCAUUACACUCUUGUUGAUUAUUUCCUUCUUGCAUAGUGGUUUGACUCUUACCUCUGAUGGGUUGAUACUGUUGUCACUCAUGACACACUGGACUUUUAUUCCUCCUUUUAUCAAAUCUACCUGGAAUGCCUCUGAUUCAACUCCAUGCUCAUGGGUUGGUGUUCAAUGUGACUAUAAUCAUCAUAAUGUCAUUUCUCUUAACCUCACUAGUCGUGGGAUUUUUGGUCAACUUGGGACAGAAAUUUUGAACCUUCAUCACUUGCAGACCCUUGUAUUGUUUGGAAAUGGUUUCUCAGGAAAAGUGCCUUCAGAGUUAAGCAACUGUAGUUUGCUUGAGUAUUUAGACCUUUCUGAGAAUAGAUUCAGUGGAAAGAUACCAUCUAGUUUGAAUAAGUUACAACUUUUACGGUUUAUGAGUCUCUCAUCCAAUCUGCUUAUCGGUGAAAUUCCAGAUUCCUUGUUUAAAAUUCCAUCCUUGGAAGAAGUAAACCUGCACAGUAACCUUCUUAGUGGUCCUAUCCCGACCAAUAUUGGAAACUUGACUCAUCUAUUGAGGUUGUAUCUAUAUGGUAAUCAGUUGUCAGGGACUAUUCCUUCAUCUCUUGGUAAUUGCAGUAAAUUAGAGGACCUUGAAUUGUCUUUCAACCGACUGAGAGGCAAAAUUCCGGUCAGUGUUUGGAGAAUUUCAAGUCUUGUGAACAUCUUGGUUCACAACAACAGCCUCUCUGGGGAACUGCCUUUCGAGAUGACAAAGCUCAAGUAUCUAAAAAAUAUCUCAUUGUUUGAUAAUCAGUUCUCAGGAGUCAUACCUCAAAGCUUAGGAAUCAACAGCAGAAUAGUGAAGUUGGACGGUAUGAAUAACAAGUUCAGCGGUAAUAUCCCACCCAAUCUUUGCUUUGGAAAGCAUUUGUCAGUGCUCAAUAUGGGAAUCAAUCAACUUCAAGGUGGCAUACCUUCUGAUCUAGGAAGAUGUGAAACUCUGAUGAGGUUGAUUAUCAAUGAAAAUAAUUUCACCGGGUCUCUUCCUGAUUUUGAGAGUAAUUUGAACCUGAACUACAUGGACUUGAGCAAGAACAAUAUCAGUGGACCAGUUCCAUCAAGUUUGGGAAAUUGCAAAAAUCUCACAUACAGUAAUUUGUCGAGGAACAAUUUUGCAGGGCUCAUAUCGACAGAGUUAGGUAAGCUUGUGAGUCUUGUGAUUUUGGAUCUUUCUCACAACAACUUGGAAGGUCCUUUACCACUCCAACUGUCAAAUUGUUCUAAAAUGGAUCAGUUUGAUGUGGGAUUCAAUUUCCUAAAUGGAACACUCCCAUCAAGUUUGAGAAGUUGGAGAAAUAUAACCACAUUGAUUUUAAGAGAAAAUUACUUCACUGGAGGUAUCCCAGAGUUUUUGGCAGAAUUUACCAACCUCCGCGAGUUACAUCUUGGUGGAAAUUUGUUUGGAGGCAAAAUUCCUCGAUCGAUGGGAACAUUGCAUAAUUUGUUCUAUGGACUGAAUCUGAGUGGUAAUGGAUUGACAGGUGGCAUUCCUUCGGAAAUUGGUUUACUCGGACUGCUGCAAAGUCUAGAUAUAUCCUUAAACAAUUUAACAGGAAGCAUAGAUGCUCUUGGAGGUCUUGUUUCAUUAAUUGAGGUCAAUAUUUCUUUCAAUCUCUUCAAUGGAUCUGUACCAACAGGUCUAAUGAGGUUAUUGAAUUCCUCACCAUCAUCAUUCAUGGGUAAUCCUUUCCUAUGUGUAAGUUGUUUGAAUUGCAUUAUAACUAGUAAUGUAAAUCCAUGUGUCUACAAAUCAACUGAUCAUAAAGGUAUCAGUUAUGUUCAAAUUGUAAUGAUAGUACUUGGAUCCUCAAUAUUGAUUUCUGCUGUGAUGGUGAUAAUAUUUCGAAUGUAUCUCCAUAGAAAUGAAUUGAAAGGGGCCUCUUAUCUUGAGCAACAGUCUUUUAAUAAAAUAGGAGACGAACCUAGUGAUUCCAAUGUAGGGACCCCAUUAGAAAAUGAGUUGUUUGACUAUCAUGAGCUAGUUUUGGAGGCUACAGAGAACCUAAAUGAUCAGUAUAUUAUUGGAAGAGGAGCACAUGGUAUUGUGUACAAAGCCAUAAUUAAUGAGCAGGCUUGUGCUGUAAAGAAGUUUGAAUUUGGAUUGAACAGGCAAAAGUGGCGAAGUAUCAUGGACAACGAAAUUGAAGUCCUUAGGGGCCUUAGGCAUCAAAAUUUGAUCAAAUGUUGGAGCCACUGGAUUGGAAAUGACUAUGGUUUAAUCAUAUAUAAAUUCAUUGAAAAUGGAAGCCUUUAUGAAAUUUUGCAUGAAAUGAAACCCCCACCACCCUUAAGGUGGAGUGUUCGGUUUAAUAUAGCUGUUGGAAUUGCUCAAGGACUAGCUUAUCUGCAUUAUGAUUGUGAUCCACCAAUACUGCACCGAGACAUCAAACCAAAGAACAUACUUGUUGAUGACAAUUUGGUGCCUGUUAUAGCUGAUUUUAGCACUGCCCUAUGCAAGAAGUUGUUAGAGAAUUCACAUAGUUAUUCUGAAACCAGAAAAUUGCUUUCAUUGCGCGUUGUUGGUACCCCUGGCUAUAUUGCACCAGAAAAUGCAUAUAAAGUAGUGCCGGGAAGAAAGUCUGACGUAUAUAGUUACGGAGUUGUUUUGCUUGAGCUAAUAACCAGAAAGAAAAUAUUACUUCCCUCUUUGAAUAAUGAUGCGGAGGAGAUCCACAUAGUGACCUGGGCUAGAUCUUUAUUUAUGGAAACAAGUAAAAUUGAGAAGAUUGUUGAUCCAUUUCUUUCAAGUGCAUUUCCCAAUUCAGCAGUGCUAGCCAAGCAAGUCAAUGCAGUGCUUUCAUUGGCAUUACAAUGCACAGAGAAGGAUCCACGAAGGAGGCCGACCAUGAAAGAUGUUAUUGACUUUUAUAAUAACUACCUGUUUAAGCUAAGGUGUGAUGAAGUUCAAUAUGGUAUAGGACUUUCAAUUAAACUGAUGGGAAAUGGUAAAUUGCUGGCUCAAAAGGUUGUUGGCGUAUUGAAUCUAGUUCUUCCAAAAAUAACCUAUGCUUGGCCAAUUUUGAUCUUCCGUCCCUCUAUCACCGGUCCAAUACUUACCAAACCUUUCAAUUGGUUUUUCCUAUCACGUUGGGGUCAAUAUAGACACCUGCAGAAAUCCUUGUAUUCACAGCGCAAGUCACACUACUUUAUCAACACCAAUCAAACAGAGGCCACUGUUGAACGUAGUGAAUAGUGGUGGAAAAAUAUUCUGAAAGUUGACAAAAGGGAAGUGGGAGCUUAAAAGAAAUAGAUGUGGAUGGAUAGUGGUCUGCACUCUGAAAGUGCCAACCAGGGAUUGUUGGCAAAUUGUACCAGGAUUUAUCUGAAAAAUAUGAAUAAGUUACGAGCCUAGUGUAUCUAUUUAUAAUCUUUAAUUUCUGAUACGCAGCCUAUUAGAUUUAGAGUGCCAUGCUAGCAUCCAUAGUUAACUAUUUCUUGAUUAUCAACUUUUCCAACUAAUCCACUCUUUAGUACUGAUAUGUUAGUUUUAGAUUCCACAGAUUUGUUUCUGUACAUAUGCACACUUCUUCCUCCAAGAAUUACAUCUGUUUCAUUUUGGCCAAACUUGAUAUGCGGCCUAUCUGGAGGAUUUCUUUAAGCUUUUGAUCCAUACACACAACUUUGGCACAUGUGAGUGAGUUUUUAGU